GGUUGUAGUAUAUUUUCAUCUUCGUUGUCCACAUCGAUUUGGCUAACUUCGUCAGUCCUUUUCAAUUUGAAUAGACAGCUUCUGGUUUUCUUAAGGAGUCUUGAGUUUUCUAUGACCAAUGCCUGCAAAGGGUCCUCAGUCCUUUUCCUUUUGAUCUUGAUGAUACUUAGAGAACUGGUGUCCUCAGGUUUGAUCAUUUCUUCGGUUGCAGUUAGUGUUUGAUGAGUAUCGCUUGCUGAAACUUGACACAUCUGUUAGUGAAGGCAAAGCUAAAAAGUCUCCGAUUUUUUCUGGUGCAAAUCUCCUGUCCACACAAGAGUAGUUGAAGAAGUGGUUUGCACUUAAUUGCCAGCAUCAGAACCUACAAUGGCACACCAACAGCACGAAUUAACGCUUUUCAAGGAGAAACAUAUCCAGUAUAUUGUGAAUCUCAACACCAAGGACAAAAGCUACGAGUACUGGUUGACUGAACAUCUACGAAUGAAUGGGCUCUACUGGGGCUUGACAGCUUUGUAUCUAUUGGGCUCUCAGAACUCGCUUGACAAAGAAGAUGUGAUCAGCUUUGUAUUAAGUUGUAAAGAUCCAGUCAAUGGUGGAUUUGGAGCUUUUCCCAAGCAUGAUGGACACUUGCUAUCCACAUUAUCUGCUAUUCAGAUAUUGGCGACUUUGGAUUCGUUGGACGUUUUGAACGAAGAGGAUAUCAACGACCUUGUUGAUUUUAUAAUAGGAUUGCAAUUGCCGAAUGGCUCUUUCCAGGGCGAUAAGUAUGGAGAGAUUGAUACAAGAUUUAUCUACACUGCUAUAUCUAGUUUGUCAAUUUUAGGCAAGUUGACCAAGAAAGUCGUCGAGCCAAGUUUGAGCUUUAUUAAAGAUUGCCAAAAUUUUGAUGGUGGGUUUGGAAUGGUUCCUGGAGCUGAGUCUCAUGCUGCUCAGGUAUUUACGUGUCUUGGAACACUAGCAAUAUUGGACAGAUUGGAUGUGAUCAAUGACCAGAAUUUGCUUGGAUGGUGGUUAAGUGAAAGACAAGUUGCGAAUGGUGGAUUGAAUGGGAGACCUGAAAAAUUGCCAGAUGUUUGUUACAGUUGGUGGGUUUUAUCGUCGUUGUCAAUCUUAAACAAAUUGAGCUGGAUUGAUCACAGGAAGUUGAGGCAAUUCAUUCUACACUCUCAAGAUUCAGAAAAUGGUGGAAUCAGUGACAGGCCUGAUAACCAAGUUGAUGUUUACCAUACAUUGUUUGGUAUUGCAGGUUUGAGUUUAAUGAAGUUUGAGAAUUUGGUUGCAAUUGACCCAGUUUAUUGCAUGCCAAUUGAAAUAACCAAAAAAUUUAGAAGAUGGCCAUAUACAGAGUAAACUUGAUAGUCUAAUGAUAAUAAUGAUAAUAACAAAAAUAAUAAAAACAAUCUAAUUUUCAUUUGUAGAACGUAUAAAUGUUGGAAAAGUUAAAUAAAGUAGUUAGAAAAAG